CUUUUCUUCCUCAACACAAACAAAAUAAUAUUUGCUUGUAAUCGAUCUAUCUCGUCUUCCAUCUCCAUGCAACCAGCACUGCUUUCGUCAUGAGUCAGGAGUAUUAUUCCGGGAAGGGUGGCUCCUCUGCUGGAGAGGGGUCCUCUAGACAUGCGCCACAGGAUGAGCAUCCUGAGAACCCUUUUGCUCCCCGUCCCGCGCCUGCUUAUAUGACCGUUGGGAAUGGUUCGACUUCGGAGAGUGCUACGGCGCUGAUGGCUUCGCUAAAUGUCGAUUCGGGAUACGGUGGGAGCGUGGUUGAUGGAGAAUCCAAUACGGGAUUGAACUCCGACUUGCUCGUGGACAGACCGACCCCUGCGCAUACCCCGACCCUUCUGGGAGAAUGGAAUCCUGCUGCUGAACACGAGAGACAUGUCGUGGCUAGCCAUGUUUCGCAGUUACUCUAUAACUCGAACCGAACGAAGCUCGCGCGCGCAAUUUCACGGACUAUUGAAACGUUAAAGGAACUCCAGGAGAUGAAUCGACAAUGGCCGGCCCACUAUCCUUCCGCACAAAGCGUCUCAAGCUCGCCCUCGCGGAGACCGUCACUACAACAAAGCCAGUCAGACUUCGGAGAUGCGAAUGCUGAGCCGGGGGAGCUUCCACGACCCGGACUGCUGAGGCGUGCCGCAACCAUGCCUGGAAAGGAGGAGCUGGAGUCAGCUGCUGUCGCGGAGCGUCGCCCUGCGCCCGAACCGCGGUUGAUGAGCCCACAGAUUGCGCAAGAGUUUUCUAUCUUGAAGCUAGAUCUUAAGCUUGGUGCGCUCUCGCAAGCUGAGCUGGUUCACUCUCUGGAAAAGGCCUCGAUUGCUUCACUUCUCGAUGGCAAGAUUAGCCAGAGCAUCAAACAUCUGCUCUCGCUACGGGACAGGAUUGAAGAUAUCUCGAGCAAAGUCUUGAUUACUGGUGAUUUGAAUGCCGGUAAAUCAACAUUUUGCAAUGCUCUCCUCCGCCGCAAGGUUCUGCCCGAGGACCAGCAACCGUGCACCAGUAUUUUCUGUGAGGUUCUUGAUGCUCGGGAGAAUAGUGGCGUCGAAGAAGUACAUGCUGUGCACAAGGACCGACAGUAUAAUCGGAAUGAUGAGACCACCUACGAUGUGUACGCGCUGCGCGAGCUUGAGAACAUCGUCAUUGAUAACUCAAAGUAUAUGCAGUGCAAGGUUUACGUGAAAGACGUGCGGACAAUUGAUGAAUCUCUACUCAAUAAUGGCGUCGUUGAUAUCGCUUUAAUCGAUGCUCCCGGAUUGAACUCGGAUUCUUUGAAGACAACCGCCGUCUUCGCUCGACAGGAAGAGAUCGAUGUGGUAGUGUUUGUCGUUUCCGCCGCUAAUCAUUUCACUCUCUCCGCUCAGGACUUUAUUUGGAAUGCUGCCCAUGAGAAAGCCUAUAUGUUUAUCGUUGUCAAUGGCUUCGACCAGAUUCGCGAUAAGCAACGAUGUCAGCGGAUGAUUUUGGACCAGAUUAAGAAACUUAGCCCCCGAACCUACAAGGAAGCUGCUGAACUUGUUCACUUUGUAUCCAGUAAUGCCAUUCCCGUCGCACCACAAAUUUCUGUUGGUGGCCCUGGGGGCGGCGGCGGCGGUGUUGGUGGUGGCGGUGGAGGAUCAGGUCCCAAUGGAAAUGAUUGGCCUGGCGGUGAUGACGAUGAUGGCAAACCCGAGGAUAGUGGAAAAGGGAAGGGGAAAGGAAAAGAAAAGGAGAAAAUUCAAGACUUUGAGAACCUGGAAGGCUCCCUUAGACGAUUCGUCCUCGAGAAGCGUUCUCGCUCGAAGCUUGCUCCCGCCAGGACUUACCUCCUAAACCUUCUUGCUGAUAUCAAUGGUUUAGCCUCUGUUAACCGUGAUGUUGCCGAUGCUGAGCUCAAAAAUGUCAUGCAAGAGCUGGCAGAGCUUGAACCCGCAUUUGAGAAUGGCAAGCGAAGGAAGGUCGAGCUACAGGAAGAAGUCGACCGGUGCAUCGAUGGAUCGUGCGAUGAUGUAUACAACCACACCCGUUCAACUCUGUCGUCUGCGAUUUCGAACGUCUCUCAAGCCGACCUUGGUGUUGAGUACCCUGGAAUCUUCUCCGCGUUCCAAUAUGCAGAAGACCUCAAGUUCGCUAUGCUUGAACAAAUUUCCGCCUCGGUGUCCGGGUGCGAGGAUUAUGCUCGGGCAAAGACCGUCCAGGGCGUGGGUUUCAUCCAGAACAUUGGCUUGUUGCAUAUUGGCGAGGACAAAUUCACUCCACUGAAUUUCCGGGCGGAUAUGAUGUUCCGCCGCGGCCGUCGCCAUACUCUUGCAAGGCAAGUUCAGACAGAUGUGGAGUUGUUGGAUUUCUUCGACAUCUCCGGCCUUUGGGAGAGACAGGAGAAGUUGGCUGGAACAGGCAUGGCAAUGACAGCUGUGACUGUUCUCGGUGGCAGGGCACUUGGUGGUAUCAGUUGGGUUGACAGCAUGUUCAGCGCAGCUAAAUUCUUGGGGCCUAACAACAUGCGUCGCCUUCUCCUACCUAGUAUCAUUGCGGCGGCUGUUAUUACCACUGCGUACGUGCUCUCCUCAAUCCCGACUACGCUACCCCCUCGACUCUCUCGCAAGCUUGCGGCCACUCUUUCCGAAAUGGAUUAUGUGCACUCCAAUGCCAACCGAAUUUCCAUUGAGGUUCGUCGUAUCCUGCGUAUGCCAGCGGGCAACCUGCAAACCAGCCUGGCUCAGGAUCUCGAAGAUAUUGGGCGACGGAAGCAAGAAGUCAGCAAGACAAAGCAUGAGUCCGAGGUCGCCAGCAAGUACUUUGCCAAUCUGUUCCGCAACAGCGGCGAAAACCGCACAUCAGUCGAGAACAUUGAUCUCGACGCCCCAUUGCCCGGCGGACUACCAUCUCACCAUCCCUAGGCGCGUCCAAAAAUUCUCUGUACAAAAUUAUGACGUUUGAUGAUCUUUUCUUUGUCAGUGCUUUUGUAUUUUUUCUAAUACUCGCAAAAUAUCCCCUUUUUGUACUGUACAACCCUUCGUUUCUUGCCGUCUUUCACCACCACCACCACCACCACCAUCGCCACCCACUCUGCAUUUCCCCUUUCUAAUCUAGAUGAGAUUGACCUCGUGUUGAAAAUCCUCUAGACAAGCUGCUGAACAGCUUACUUUAGUACUCGCCCAGGAGUACAUUAUUUUCAUUCUUUUGGUAACUGUGAGCACACCGGUAUCUAUUUGGAUAGCGGUAGUGCAGCAUGACCCAGUCUUUUUCCCAACUUUUCUUUUCUUUUCCUCUUCCCCCCCCCCC